GCCGGGCGCGGAUCCGGUGACACCUCUCAGCGCGCGGCACUUGUUGCUCUCAGGACCUGCCGCCCAUCCCUGAGCCCACCUUUCUCCCUCGCCGCCCCCCUGUCCCCUCCUGGCUUCCCUCCUUUCCGUGUGAUCGCGCGGGGCACCGAUCUCUCAGGCACCGCUGUCACCGGCUGGAGAAAUAGAUUAAAGGAGAUAAACUAGAUAAAUAGAUUAAAGGAGAUAAACUUCUUCCGCAGGGGGCCCAGCCGGGCAGCAGCAGCGGCAGGAGCAGGAGCGCUGGCCCGGGCGCCGCAGAGGUGGCGCCUCCCCGGCCCGGGACGCUGGCCCCGGGCGCCGACGGCAUGACGGACGCGGCGACCGCUAACGGGGACGACAGGGACCCCGAGAUCGAACUCUUCGUGAAGGCUGGAAUCGAUGGGGAAAGCAUCGGCAACUGCCCCUUCUCUCAGCGCCUCUUCAUGAUCCUCUGGCUGAAAGGAGUUGUGUUCAAUGUCACCACUGUGGAUCUGAAAAGAAAGCCAGCCGACCUGCACAACCUCGCCCCUGGCACCCAUCCGCCCUUCCUGACCUUCAACGGGGACGUGAAGACGGACGUCAAUAAGAUCGAGGAGUUCCUGGAGGAGACUUUGACCCCCGAAAAGUACCCCAGACUGGCUGCGAAGCACCGGGAAUCCAACACAGCAGGCAUCGACAUCUUCUCCAAGUUCUCCGCCUACAUCAAAAACACAAAGCAGCAGAGCAACGCUGCCCUUGAGCGAGGCCUGACCAAGGCACUGAAGAAACUGGAUGACUACCUGAACACCCCUCUGCCGGAGGAGAUCGACGCCAACACUCGCGGGGACGAUGACAAGGGCUCCCGGCGCAAGUUCCUGGAUGGAGAUGAGCUGACCCUGGCCGACUGCAACCUGCUGCCCAAGCUCCAUGUGGUCAAGAUUGUGGCCAAGAAAUACCGCAACUACAAUUUCCCGGCUGAGAUGACGGGCUUGUGGCGGUACCUUAAGAACGCCUACGCCCGGGACGAGUUCACCAACACCUGCGCGGCCGACAGUGAGAUCGAGUUGGCCUAUGCGGAUGUGGCCAAGCGCCUCAGCCGAUCCUGAACUUGGCCGUCUUGCCCCAUCACUGCUGCAGAAAGACUCACCAUCUCCCCAAGGACUCCAGCUUCACGGACUCCUUUUCCACGUCACCUCCAGAAACUUCUGUUUUUAUCAGGCCGCAUCUUGCUGGCAUCAUUGGAACCCCAGCCUGCUGUCUUUGAUGAAGGUCGGCACCAUCCCCAUCUGAUCAGGCAGGAAUCUGCAAGCAGAAAUGAGAGAAACGGUCAAGCUCUCAGCCUUUCGGGCCUGGGCUGGGUUCAGCGUGUUUGGGGUCGGUGCGGGAGAAUGAACCCGUCUGUGGGAUGGUCACUGGCCCCUUUUGCCAAUAUCAAAAUAUCUCCUAGGCUGCGUUAGACACGUGCAACACCCUGUCCUCGUCCACUCUGCUCUUUGUCAGUAACUCCAAGGCUGAGGCCAGAUGCCACCUUAGUUCUCAUUAGAAAGAGAUGCAGUGCUUUGUUAGGGGGAGACAGAAGGUGAAUGGGAAGAAUGGAGCAGGUGUGGAUUUGGGUGUCCGGCAGACACACCUCCACUCACUCACCACUUUCUGGCACUCCUGUCACUUCGGGCACUGAAGGCCAGAUUGGAAAACUAUUUCAGACACAGUCUCAGUUCGCUGCAGUGCCAGGCACAGUCUAAUGCUAUCAAGUACCUGGCUUGAUACUGAUCUCCAUUUUUAUCUGUCCAGGCCUUGCCAGGAAGGGAAAUUGGCAUGUAAUUCCAAGCUGGGGUGACUGGGAAGGGGAGGGGAGGGGAGCAAUGUCAAUGCCAAAAGGCCCAAGGGGUCUACCAGCCAUGGGGUUUGCUUGCUUACAGGAGUGGUUUCACUGGAGAUUACAUGCCUGGGUUUGACUGUGUUUAUCCACAAGUGAAUUUUGGUCUCUGAGAAAGCAGAUGGGAGUGGGGGGGUGGAGGGAUGGGUGAGGAUCAAAAAAGGUCUUUAGGAGGCUCAAUGGUUCCCGGGAAUCUUUUAGAUAGGUCUUCUCUGUUAUGAUCUAACUAAGCCUUGAACUGGUGAUGUCAUGUAACUACCCACCUUAUAACAAAAAUCCAAGAAUUGGCCAAAAAUGACUGUCCGGUCUCUUCAAGUUCUUCCUGGAUGUGAGUCUGCUAAGCCGGGUGCUCUCUGAAUCAACUGUAGCCUCUGAUGGGUGAGAGAUACGUUUAGGAGGUGGCUUGAUCACGGAGCCUUAGGAAUAAAGUCCGUGGGCCUUUCUGA